AUGGGUGUCGUGGUAUCGUCUGAGCCAGGGUUUACACUAGGUGUCGUGGUGUCGUCUGAGCCAGGGUUUACAUCGGUUGUCGUGGUGUCGACUGAGCCUGAGUUUACAUUGGUUGUCGUGAUGUCGACUGAGCCAGGGUUUACACUGGGUGUCGUGGUGUUACCUGAGCCAGGGUUUACACUAGGUGUCGUGGUAUCGUCUGAGCCAGGGUUUACACUAGGUGUCGUGGUGUCGUCUGAGCCAGGGUUUACACUGGGUGUCGUGGUGUCUGAACCAGGGUUUACUCUAGGUGUCGUGGUAUCGUCUGAACCAGGGUUUACACUGGGUGUCGUGUCUAAGCCAGGGUUUACACUGGGUGUCGUGGUGUCGUCUGAGCCAGGGUUUACACUGGGUGUCGUGGUGUCAUCUGAAUCAGGGUUUACACUGGGUGUCGUGGUGUCGUCUGAGCCAGGGUUUAUACUGGGUGUCGUUGUGUCGUCUGAGCCAGGGUUUACAUCGGUUGUCGUGGUAUCGACUGGGCCAGAGUUUACAUUGGGUGUCGUGCUGUCUGAGCUAGGGUUUACACUGGGUGUCGUUGUGGCGUAUGAACCAGGAUUUACACUGGGUGUCGUGGUGUCGUCUGAGCCAGGGUUUACAUCGGUUGUCGUGGUAUCGACUGGGCCAGAGUUUACAUUGGGUGUCGUGCUGUCUGAACCAGGGUUUACACUGGGUGUUGUUGUGGCGUAUGAACCAGGAUUUACACUGGGUGUCGUGGUGUCGUCUGAGCCAGGGUUUACACUUUGUGUCGUGGUGUCGUCUGAGCCAGGGUUUACACUAGGUGUCGUGGUGCCGUCUGAGCCAGGGUUUACACUGGGUGUCGUUGUAUCGUCUGAGCCAAGGUUUACACUAGGUGUCAUGGUGUCGUCUGAGCCAGGGUUUACACUGGGUGUGGUGGUGUCGUCUGGGCCAGGGUUUACACUGGGUGUCGUGGUGUCGUCUGAGCCAGGGUUUACACUGGGUGUCGUUGUGUCGUCUGAGCCAGGGUUUACACUGGGUGUCGUGGUGUCGACUGAGCCAGGGUUUACACUGGGUGUCGUGGAGUCAUCUGAGCCAGGGUUUACACUGGGUGUCGUGGUGUCGUCCGAGCCAGGGUUUACACUGGGUGUCGUGGUGUCGUCCGAGCCAGGGUUUACACUGGGUGUCGUGGUAUCGUCUGAGCCAGGGUUUACACUGGGUGUCGUGGUAUCGUCUGAGCCAGGGUUUACACUGGGUGUCGUGGUGUCGUCCAAGCCAGGGUUUACACUGGGUGUCGUGGUGUCGUCUGAGCCAGGGUUUACACUGGGUGUCGUGGUGUCGUCUGAGUCAGGGUUUACACUGGGUAUCGUGGUGUCGUCUGAGCCAGGGUUUACACUGGGUGUAGUGGUGUUGCCUGAGCCAGGGUAUACACUGGGUGUCGUGGUAUCGUCUGAGCCAAGGUUUAUACUAGGUGUCGUGGUGUCGUCUGAGCCAGGGUUUACACUGGGUGUCGUGGUGUCGACUGAGCCUGGGUUUACACUUGGUGUCCUGGUAUCAUCUGAGCCAUGGUUUACAGUGGGUGUCGUGGUGUCUGAACCAGGGUUUACAGUGGGUGUCGUGGUGUCGUCUGAGCCAGGGUUUACAGUGGGUGUCGUGGUGUCGUCUGAGCCAGGGUUUACACUAGGUGUCGUGGUGUCGUCUGAACCAGGGUUUACAGUGGGUGUCGUGGUGUCGUCUGGACCAGGGUUUACACUGGGUGUCGUGGUGUCGUCUGAGCCAGGGUUUACAGUGGGUGUCGUGGUGUCGUCUAAGCCAGGGUUUACACUGGGUGUCGUGGUGUCGUCUGAGCCAAGGUUUACACUGGGUGUCGUUGUGGCGUAUGAACCAGGAUUUACACUGGGUGUCGUGGUGUCGUCUGAGCCAGGGUUUACACUGGGUAUCGUUAUAUCGUCUGGGCCAGGGUUUACACUUGGUGUCGUGGUGUCGUCUGAGCCUGGGUUUACACUGGGUGUCGUGGUGUUUGAGUCAGUAUUCACACUGGGUGACGUGGUGUUCGAGUCAGUAUUCACACUGGGUGACGUGGUGUUCAAGCCAGUAUUCACACUGGGUGACGUGGUGUUCGAGCCAGUAUUCACACUGGGUGACGUGGUGUUCGAGUCAGUAUUCACACUGGGUGACGUGGUGUUCAAGCCAGUAUUCACACUGGGUGACGUGGUGUUCGAGCCAGUAUUCACACUGGGUGACGUGGUGUUCGAGCCAGUAUUCACACUGGGUGACGUGGUGUUCGAGCCAGUAUUCACACUGGGUGACGUGGUGUUCAAGUCAGUAUUGACACUGGGUGACGUGGUGUUCAAGCCAGUAUUGACACUGGGUGACGUGGUGUCAUCUGAGCCAGGGUUUUCAACAGGUGUGUCUGUGUCAUCUGGACCUGCAGGGAAACACAGAUCAGUGGGACUGAAGAACAACACAGUUUCUGCAAAUAUAAUGAUAAGAAGCAAGUGGAGAGAUGGAGCUGGAGUACCCACCUGGGUCGACGACCCCACACUGCUGACCGCUGCUGCUGGGGACCUCCAGAGGGGUGAAGGCUGGGUAGGGAACCGCUUCAACAUCCUGCCGGAGACGCAGAAGGUCAUACACAACUAA